GCUUCAAUAAAGUUCCGCUUCCUCGCUGCCAGGUUCCUUCCCGAACCGAACAGCCGAGACUGGGAGUACCAGGGAGGAACGAGACACACAAAUGAGGCGGUGUGUGCUUAAAAACCGCACCGAUUUUUACACUCGUUGUGCUUCUUUUGAAACCUCAGAAAAUCUGGACGUUAAACGGACUCGAGACAGACAGACAGAAACAAAGCUGAGGUGCUGCUUUAUCGGUUGACAGCUACUACUGGGUAUGCCUGAGCAGUGGGCGCGUCUCCUUCAGACCUCCAACAUCAGUAAAACAGAGCAGAAGCAGAAUCCUCAAGCUGUCCUCGAUGCUCUCAAGUUCUACGACUCCACCGGUGUACAACAGAAAUACCUCACAUCCCCUGCCUCGGAGAAAAAUUCGCAAACGCCGGGUAAGCAAGGUACCGUGACCUCCCCGUUAGGUAAAGACGAUGACGAUGAUGAUGACUCACCACCCCCAGUCGUGGCACCUCGGCCAGAGCACACCAAAUCUGUGUACACAAGGUCAGUUAUUGACCCAAUCCCAGCUCCUGAUUCUGCCAAAGCUGCUGACAGACAAAAAAUAAAGGGAGGCAAGAUGUCUGAUGAAGAGAUCAUGGAGAAACUAAGAACGAUAGUCAGUGUGGGAGAUCCAAAAAAGAAAUAUACCCGUUAUGAAAAAAUUGGCCAGGGGGCUUCUGGCACAGUUUACACAGCCAUAGAUGUUGCCACAGGACAAGAGGUGGCCAUAAAACAGAUCAACCUGCAAAAGCAGCCAAAGAAGGAGCUGAUUAUCAAUGAGAUCCUGGUGAUGAAGGAGAUGAAGAAUCCCAACAUUGUUAAUUUUGUAGACAGUUUCCUCGUUGGCGAUGAGCUGUUUGUGGUAAUGGAGUACCUGGCAGGUGGAUCUCUGACUGAUGUUGUGACAGAGACGUGCAUGGACGAGGCUCAGAUCGCUGCGGUCUGCAGAGAGGUCCUUCAAGCUUUGGAGUUUCUUCAUGCCAACCAGGUCAUCCACAGAGACAUCAAGAGUGACAAUGUACUCCUGGGGAUGGAUGGAUCAGUCAAACUCACUGAUUUUGGCUUCUGCGCCCAGAUCACCCCAGAGGAGAACAAGCGCAGCACUAUGGUGGGAACUCCGUACUGGAUGGCUCCAGAGGUGGUGACCCGGAAAGCUUAUGGACCCAAAGUAGACAUUUGGUCUCUGGGGAUUAUGGCCAUAGAGAUGGUGGAAGGAGAGCCUCCUUAUCUAAAUGAGAAUCCUCUCAGAGCGUUGUAUUUAAUUGCCACCAAUGGAACUCCAGAGCUGCAGAAUCCAGAGAAGUUAUCUCCUGUCUUCAGGUCCUUCUUGUCCCGCUGUCUAGAGAUGGAUGUGGAGAAGCGAGGUUCAGGCAAAGAACUACUGCAGCAUCCCUUCCUGAAGCUGGCAAAACCUCUAUCCAGUCUCACCCCUUUAAUCCUGGCUGCCAAAGAGGCGAUGAAGGGAAAUCGUUAAACCCCUCGAGUUUAAAGACUGUGCAAAGUGCAAGCCAGGGACCACCAUCAGUCUUCUACUGCUUUAUAUACAACGAUCAACAAUCUACAAGUCUUUAUGAUUUUUCUGUCAUAAAAUGCUGCUCCACUUUCCCUAGUGUGUCAGUACUGAGGCCCUGUCCACACGUAGCCGGGGAUCUGCCAAAACGUAGAUAUUUUUCUACCUUUUGGCCUGUCAUCCACACGAAAACAGAGUUUUUUCACACGAAAACGGAUCUUUUUAAAAACUCCGGCCAAAGUGAAGAUCUGCAUUUUCUCCGUUUUGGGUGUCUGCGUGUGGACAGACAAAACCGGAGUUUUAAGGUCUGCAACGUCACUUUCCGCGACACAAAAAUGCUGACAUCACGUGUGCGACCUGUGUUUACACUAGCCGACAGCAUGGAUGCCCUCAGAGCUGCGCUCGCUUUAUCAAUUGUCCAAGCGCUUUUUGCUUGUUUGUUUUUGCAAGUGGAAUUACUGCUCCUUGCGGAAGACCACAGACGAAGGACGAGGUUAAGAACGGGGGAAGUACAACCGCCUACAGGUCUGGCAUGUCCUUAACAACGUAUUUAUCCGGGUACGUGUGGACAGAGUUUUAAAACGAGGUGGUGUGGAUGCAAGUUUUUGGAGGGGCUGAUAUUCGUUUUUUUAAAAACCCGGCUACGUGUGGACUAGGCCUGAAACUACUGCUCGGACCUUUGUGCCUUGAUCCAAAGCCGCAUGCAGCCCUAAUGUGUUCUCUCUUUUAUUCUACAGUGUUUGGGGCAGAGCAGGAAUCCAGUAUCACUUUACUCUAAACAUACCAUAAACCACAUUUACAGCAAAAGUCUAUUAAAAUCUGUGUAAUUUAUCCCUCCCGGGCUUCAGUAAGCCUCAUUUACUGAAAAUAAGCAAAUAUUUUAAAAAGUUUGCCAAAGUGUUGUUUCUCUUUAGAAGCACCUGUACAGCUACUUUCUGUGCUUUCUGUUCCAAGAGGUUUGAACGGUUCAUGAAACUAAAACUGCUGUAGAAAAACUCAGGGUGAGACAAUGGUCUUAGUGCAGACAAAAAGCCAAAUGAGUCUUUAUUCUUCUUUUAAUCUCAGUGAAAUCACAGCAUUCCAGUUGUUGGUCGGUUCUAUAUUUAAGUUAUGAUUGUUUUUGUAAUUGGAGUUUCAAAAUUCCAGAUUUUAGGUGGUCUCUUUUGGGCUCUAAAUGUUCUCUUUCAUGUAUUUUAAACAUUGCGAGGACACAAUCUAGUCCAACCCAUGUCAAACACAAGUUCAUGAACUAAACACAAAGCCAUAAAGCCAUGUUUUGACUCCAUUUGACUAAUUUUUAUGUUUAAAUUGUUCCUCUUUUGCUGUAACUUCUUGUUGUUGGUCUGUUGUUUGUAAAACACAAAACUUUUUUAUAAUUAAAUGUUAAACUGGAGGUAGGUUUUGUAUUUUAAACAACUGAUAAUAUAUGUUAUUGUUUAUUCUUCGUAAUUGACAGCAAGAGACAAACUUUGCUUGAUUUUCUGAUGUAUCUCCUGAAAACACAAUUUCUCCUCUCAGUUAUGGACUCCAAACCAAAUACUACAAUUGGAAAUUCAAAAUGGAGUUAGAGAAAUUUUGAUAAAAACCAGUUAAACAA